GCCUCGGAUCCUUUAAAAAGAAUGUCAAACCGUGCUGAGACUUGAUAAUGGCACUGAAGAUGAAGUUUUCCUUCGUCUUUCUUCUUUUAUUAGAUUUCCCUCAUCUCAACGGGCAGGAGACGAUCAAGGAGUUUGAACCCAUUCUGCUGAGACUCGAAUUCCCUCUAAUUUACAACAGUUACAUCAAGUCCUGCUGCAAACUCUACCAAGACAUUUGUUACCCGCUGAUGGACAGCGAUGGGUCCACCUACGGGCUGCUGAGAGGAAGAGUGACCAAAACAGAGGGGGACGGCUGGAUCGAGUUCAAAAUAUCAAACGUUAGGUUAGAGGAUGCAGGAAACUACAGAUGCUUUGUGUCGGGAAUCCCAUACAUCAACAUCGACAAGUUUGUCGUGGUCACAGAAUCCUCAAUUCCCCACACUUCGUCUCAGCCUCCCCUGACAACAACCAUCGAAACCCUCAGCACCUCCACAUCACUCCGACCAGAAUCCACCGGGCCCGUCCUCUCACAGGACAACGCCGACCGUCCCAGCAUGCCCUGGAGUUUUAGCCUGCCCCUAUUGGUCGUUGUGUCCAUUACAGUGAUGAUUGUGAUCACUUUGGUUAUGGGUGUAGUUUGCUGCAUUGUGAAGGCAAAACCUGAAAAGCCAGACAAAUGUGGAGAAACUCUGUGGGAGUCACAGAAGCAAGAUGCAACGGAAAUAACUGGCGUCUCCGAAACAGUGGCCAUCACAGCUCAUCAGAAAUCCACACAGCAAACCUGAGGAUUCCCAAAACACGAGCGGCAGCCCCGGACCCUGCAGCGGACACUGAGACGGUGGAGGACUCCACACUGGCAGUCCACCAGUGAAUUCAGGGGAAAGUCUCUGAUUUUAACGUGGGAGAAUGAGGGGUCCACCAGCGCUUUUGGAGCUUGAACUGCACAAUGGACGAGAUAUCUUGAACUCUGCAGCUUUAUUUGUCUCUUUGUCACUUUUGUGUAUGUACAUGUUAAACCUCUGAUCUACAUCUUUAAAUGUAUACAACAUGAGCUUUUGUGUAAAUGAUUGAAGGCCUAAAAAAUCAAAUGAUAAUGGAAUUAAAGAAAUGAUCUCUCAUGAUAACAGC